AAAGGGAAAGGAAAUGCCCUGUCACAUCUCCACCCAAGUCUAUUCUCAUGUGCUCCCCCACUAGUCCUAGAGGCCACCCUCUCCUCUCCCCCAACCCCUCCAAAAAUCUCAAGAACAAAACCUAGGGUUUUUAUCUUUCUCCUACUGAGCAACACAAUCACUAAUUUCUCGCAAUUCAAUUAAUUCAGCACAUGCGACAACAGCAAGAAGACUACAGACCUUCUAUUCCAGAUGGGACCGAAGAAGAUGCGCCUAAACUUUUUGAUAAUUCCUUACCGAUUUCUGAUCCUAUGAGCAUCGAUCAAUGCGAAACAAUUCCACAAAUGGAUGGUUCACAGCUCCUUGGAGCUCCAGUCACCGCAGCUACUUCUGACGUGGACUUGUCUGAGAGAGAAUCAGUACAUACCGUGCCCGUCGUAGAGGUUACAAAUGACUCGAAAAUUGCGGAAAUCAUUACGGGCAAGCGAAAGCGAGGUCGGCCGCCUAAAAUUCAAGGGAAAUUAGGGCCGCCUGCUUUCUCUGCGCAGAGGAAGAAGAAAGAUGAAGAAGAUGUUUGUUUUAUUUGUUUUGAUGGUGGUAGUCUUGUUCUUUGUGAUCGCCGGGGUUGUCCGAAGGCAUACCAUCCGGCUUGUAUCAAAAGGGAUGAGGCAUUUUUUCGAUCGAAGGCUAAAUGGAACUGUGGGUGGCAUAUUUGCAGCAGUUGUCAGAAGGCUUCACAUUAUAUGUGUUACACAUGUACAUACUCUUUGUGCAAAGGAUGUACAAAAGAUGCUGAUUAUUUAUGUGUCCGAGGGAAUAAAGGAUUUUGUGGUGCAUGCAUGAGAACUAUAAUGCUGAUUGAAAAUAUUGCAACAGGAAAUCAGGAGAUGGUUCAAGUGGAUUUUGAUGACACAACUAGCUGGGAGUAUCUCUUCAAGGUCUACUGGAUUUACUUAAAAGCAAAGCUAUCUUUAACAGUAGAUGAGCUAAUUAAGGCUAAAAAUCCUUGGAAAGGAGAUGAGCUACCUAAAGCUAAAAACUCCUGGAUUGGAGCUGGUGUGAUGGCUCAUAAGCAGGAGCCACCAGGUGAAUUUUGGCACGGUAAUGAUAAUAAAGGCUCCUUUUCAAACAGCUACUGUGGAAAUGUGGAAGCGAUUCAUGCCAAGAGAAGAAAAAUGGACCAAACAAAGUUGUACACUGAGGAAAACUCUCUUUUUAUGGAAAAAUCAUGUGUUGACAAAGUCACGCAUCUGCCUGAAGGCACAUUGUGGGCAACAAAGGGGCUCUUGGAGUUUGUUUCACACAUGAAAAAUGGGGACAUGUCUGUGCUUUCUAAGUUUGAUGUCCAGAGUCUUCUGCUAGAAUAUGUAAAAAGAAACAAUCUUCGUGAUCCUCACCAGAAAAGUCACAUUGUUUGUGAUUCAAGGCUUAUAAAGCUCUUUGGAAAAGAACAUGUAGGUCAUUUUGAAAUGCUGAAGCUUCUUGAUUACCACUUUCUUGUAAAAGAAGAAUCUCCAGCAGAUGAUGAAACUGCUGCAAUGAGAAUUUCUGAUGCUGUUGGUGGCCAGGUUGAGGCUGUCAGAAAUAAUGACAGUCAACUAAUGUCAGGUAGUGAUCGAAGGCGUAAAACACGUAAAAGGACAGAUGAAAGAGGACCACAUAUUAAUUCUAAUCCAGAGGAAUAUGCAGCAAUUGAUGUUCACAAUAUUAGCUUGCUCUACUUAAAGCGUAGUUUGAUGGAGAACUUAAUGGAUGAUGCUGGAAAAUUUCAUGAAAAGGUUGUUGGAUCUUUUGUGCGAAUCAGGACUUCUGGUGGUGAUCAAAAGGAAGAUUCGUAUAGGCUUGUCCAAGUUGUAGGUACCAAUAAGGUUGCUGAAUCAUAUAAAUUCGGCACAAGAACAACUGAUAUCAUGCUUGAAAUAUUAAAUUUAGAUAAGAAGGAGGUCAUAUCAAUUGAUGGGAUUUCAAACCAGGAGUUCUCAGAGGAUGAAUGCAAACGCUUAAGUCAGAGUAUAACAUAUGGGCUUAUCAAACCGUUUACAGUGGGUGAGAUACAGAAGAGAGCUAUGGCGAUUCAGGAUGUCAAAGUUUGUGAUCAUCUGGAAGCAGACAUAUUAAGGCUUAAUCAUCUUCGUGACCGAGCUAGUGAAAAAGGGCAUAGGAAAGAGCUUAGAGAAUGCGUGGAGAAAUUAGAGAUUCUUAAGUCACCUGAAGAACGUCAGCGCAGGUUGCUUGAGAUUCCCUAUGUACAUACUGAUCCAAAUAUCAACUCAAGUUAUGAAUCUGAAGAAGAUGCUGGAGUUUCACACAAGAAGAUACAAGGUGACCAUGCAAGAACAAGAAAUGCUAGUGCUGGUAGAAAUGGAGCAGAAUUCAACUCUAGUGACAGAGGAAACAGUCCACAGAAUUCAGCAUUCUCUACUGAACAGAGUAGAGAUAUAUGCACAACAUUUCAUGUGGAUAGAGAUGGCACUACCCUGGUUCAUGAGAGAUUGAACGAGUCCAUGCAGAGUCAAGGAGGAGAACAAAUUGGGCUGAAUGGGCAAAACACAUCAAAGAACAGGGCAGCUUCUACUGGUUCGAUGACUGGUGAUUGGAAUAGUGAAGCAGCUGUACAAUGUGGAUCGUAUCCUGGGGUUGCAUCACGAAAUAUACCACCUCCUCUUUCUACAGGAAGAGAGCAAUUGGUUGAUAUUGAGACAGACAAACUGUGGCACUAUCAGGAUCCAACUGGAAAAACUCAAGGGCCAUUUGCUAUGGCCCAACUGCGUAAAUGGAGUACAAGUGGGCUUUUCCCUCAUGAUUUGAGAGUGUGGAAGAUAAAUGAGAAACCAGAUGACUCAAUUCUUUUGACCAAUGCAUUGGUUGGGCGAUUCCAUAAAGAGCCAGCAUUGUCCCAUAACCGCUCCUCACUGGCUCAAGAAGCAACAGUUGCUUCUGAUAAAGAUAAAAUGCAUGAAUUUGGUAUGAAUCAGAGUAUUGAUGCUGUUCAGUUAGACAAUAAAAGUAUAAACAACUGGAAGUCAGUGCAAAACAAUUCAAGUGUCAAUUGUAAUGAUGAUGAUGAGCUUCUAGGAAGCAAUGCAUGGGAUGCCCAUUCUUCAAGUUGGACUGCAUCUAUGAAUGCCACCAUUCCUAACAAUGGACAGGCACAACUUGCUCUACAACUUUUGGAAUUGUCCAAGGGCUGCAAGGCUUCGUCUAAUCAAUCCAAUAUGUAUAAUUCACUUUCCUUGUUUCCGUCUUCUGGAAAGCUCGGUGAAACUCCAUCACUUCAGGUAAAGGAAGAACACGAGGAUGAAAAACGGAUUUAUGAUCUGAGUGAUGUAAAUGGGAAUUCACUCAAAACCCCCGAAGGUAAAAAUAAUAUUGGCAAAAGUGAUGAUAGACAGGCUGAUAGUGAGAGUUAUUCAAACCAGUCUUCUGGACAGAACUGGAGACCCCCUGUAAAAAGUUCAAGCGGAUGGGAUUCCAACUCUACUUUGGUUUCUGGGACGAAGUCUGUUGAAACAUCGCAGAAGAAUGAGGAAUUGGAGUUCUUUGAUUUGCCCUGUCCAACACCGAAGCAGCAACUUGAGGAUUUGCAAGGACAGGCUGUUGAAAACAACCACACUACUUCAAAGCCUCCUGUUCUAGAUUCAGGACCUUGCUGGAGUACUGCUUCCAGUUUAGUGGUUGGUGGAGCACAGCUAGCUGGAGUAGCCAGUGAAUGGGGUGGCUAUUCGCCUGCUCCUGUUAAACCUGUUGAGGAAUGGGACUCCAAUCAUGUGUCCACCUCUUCACUGAAACCUACAGAUGGGGGCAGUGAUCAUGCUGCUACACUGACUCCAGAUAGUGGCCACUUGACACACACUCCCCCCACCCACCCAGUGAUUGAUGCACCUGAUUGGCAGCCCAUCGUUCCAGAACCUGCUGAGUUCUGCUCUUUAGUUGAUGAAUCUGUUUCAGACCUAUUGGCAGAAGUUGAAGCGAUGGAGUCUCUUGGUGGUUUGCCUUCCCCAACUUCAAAAUUGUGCUCUGCUGGGGAAUUGACACGAGGGUAUGAUGAUGAUUGCUUUAGUCCUGUUGAGGAGUUUAGCCCAGCACCUGAUCCAGGCAAAAGUGAUGCAUUCAGCUCCACUGCUGAUAUACAAAUCCCUUCUCAGCUGACUGUAGGGAGUGAAGCACUGUUGUUAUGUCACAUGCCUUCUCGACCUACUGUAAUAGAUAAACCACUUGGUGCAUCUCUAAUGCCUGCUCAGUUGACAGCAGCCAAUGAAUCAAAUCAGAUAUCUUGCACGCCUUCUCAGUCCACUAUUACAGAUGAACCACUAGAGAAAUCUCAAAGGCCUUCUCAAUCGACUUUGACAGAUGAACCACUUGGUUUAUCACGGACAGAUGCUCCGAAUCCUCAAAAGAGCUUCAGUGAACAUUCUUCUACAAGUCCUGAGGUGGAAGGUAAUAUGAAGCCAAAAGAUGUAUCAGUUAACCAACGGGUAAGAGGUUCAGAAACACAGCCUCCAGCGUCAUCAGCUGGUAACCAGGGAGAAUCAGGUUCAGAUAUCCAACCUACUACUCCAUCCACGGUUAGUGAAUUGGAAGCAGGUUCCGAUGUUCAACAACCUUCACCAUCCAACAAAGAUGCUAGUCGGGGAACAGUAAAGGGAAGAGUAGCACAAGGAAAUACGAACAUGGUUUGGGGAAAUGGUCAUGGCACAAUUCAGCAACAUGCUAAGACGAGUGCAGCCAAUUCUACAGGCAAAUCAGGCAGUUGGGGAAGCCAACCAAGGUAUGGUGGGGACAGAUUUUCUGGUCCAAGAGACCACCGUAAUCAUUUCCAAAGCAGAGAGAGAGAUUCAGGUUUUGGUAGGGAUAGGUCUUCAUGGAACAAGCAGCCAUUAUGUGGUGAUGGAAAUGGAGCUAGUACAUAUAGACCCCCGCCCAAAGGGCAGCGAGUUUGUAAAUUUUAUGAAAGCGGAUACUGCAAGAAGGGAGCAUCAUGUAGUUAUUGGCACCCAUGAUAUUUUGGAUCCACACCUCCACUUUUCCAUAGGAAAUUGCGUGCAUUUAAUUCUGCAAUCACCAUUUGUAUCAGCAACCCCUGCCUGCCCCCUUGCCAUUGUCCUAAUUUAACUUGUACUUGGAGAAUUUAGCUGGCAUAAAUGCAUAUUUGUUCUUUGGAUACUCCAGCUUAGAGCUGCAUGUUCAACGGACUAGUAAUUUUCUCA